GCCACCCCUACAGCAGCAGAUCGUCAACAUAACCCAGCAGCAGCAGCUAGCAGCAAAGCCGCCGCACCCCCGGCACAAACAGAGAGAGAUCGAAAUGGCGCCCAAGAACCUCGUCCUCCUCGCCGCCGCCGUCGGUCCGGCGGUGGGCUUGAUUCCCUCCUUGUCUGGCAUUGGCAACCCCGUCGGCGUCGCCUCCGGCGUGGUGCCGUGCAGCAUCGGGAGCGCCAUCGACGUGGCGGCGGUCCCGGGCGUUGCCUGUCAGCUGUUACUAGCUACUUACUAUAUAUACAUAUCCGUACGUAUUUAUAUAUCGUUGACGCUGAUGUUAUUACGCUGUUAUCCUUUCCGUUGUAUCGGUCCGGCCAGACGCCAACGUGCAGGCGGUGUGCGAUCUGUUUUGAGCCUGCCGUCUGGAGUGCUCAACUCCCUGCUGAGCAGCCAGUGCAGGGCGGUGGUGACCACCCCGCUGGUCGCCUGCAACGUGUCCCUGGCCGGCACCAACGGGACGCUGUCCGCGCCGCUGCAGCUCCCGGGCAGCGUCACCGCCGUCGGCAGCAUCGUUGGGACCAUCUUGGGCAUCCCCGUCACGGUCAUCAGCGGCAUCCUCGCUCUUUUCGGCGGGGUCUUCUCCUCCGUCCCGAACCUCGGCUAGAGCUGCAUGUCUCUGGCCGUGUCGGUUCACGAUAUAUCGACGCCGAGUAGUACUGGUAACACUACGAAUAAACAGCAUGCACGCAGCAGUGCGACCUGAAGUACAGUAAGGUUGCAUUGCCAUGCUUUUCCUUUGAACUGUCACGUCACAUGUAUGAAGUACUCCUUCCAUUCCAAAUUAUAAGUCAUCCCAAGAAUCUUGGAGAAUCAAAACAUCUCAAGU